AUGCCUCCCAAGAAGAAGCAGCCUCAGGUUAGUAACAAAACCAAGCAAAAGGCUGCUGCUCAAAAGGCCGCUGACAAGACCUUUGGUCUCAAAAAUAAGAAUAAGUCGAAGAAGGUCCAAGAGCACAUCCGUCAAGUGCAAACGUCGAGCGAUGGCGGUUUAGCCAAAAAGAAGGAGGCAGAAGCCAAGCGCAAAGCCGAAGAAAAGAAAGCCGCUGAGCAAGCUAAAAAGGAAGCUGCGGCUCUCUUUGGUAUUCAACAACAAAAAGUCCCCUUUGGUACGGAUCCCAAGCUGGUUCUUUGUGAAUUCUUCAAGGCUGGCGUUUGUACGAAGGGUAACAAGUGUAAAUUCAGUCACGACCCCAACGUCGGCCGGAAAGACGCUAAGAAGGACUUGUAUGUUGAUCUGAGAGCGGCUGCCAAGGAAGAAAAGGAAAAGGACAACAUGGAGGACUGGGAUGAGGAGAAGUUGAGAAAGGUGAUUAUGUCGAAGCAUGGCAACCCCAAGACCACCACCGACAAGGUAUGCAAGUACUUCAUCGAUGCGGUGGAAAACCAGAAAUAUGGUUGGUUCUGGGUGUGCCCCAAUGGUGGUAAUGACUGUAAAUAUAAGCACUCGUUACCCGAAGGGUUCGUCCUUAAGACGAAGGAACAACGGAGAAUGGAGAGGCUCGCUGAGGAACUGGCACCCAAAAUCACUCUUGAAGAGUUCAUUGAAAUGGAGAGAGGUAAGCUCGAUAAGCUGAAGUUCACCGCCAUCACCAUCGAAUCAUUUGACAAGUGGAAGAAGUUGCAAGUGGAAAAGAAGGAGGCGGCGGCCAAGAAGGAGGAGGCCCGGGCUAAAAGACCCAAGACGGGACGAGAGGUCAUUUUGGAGAAGUUUGCCGACAAAUUCUACCAAGAAGAAGACGACGGUGGCGAUACUUGGGACUUGUCGCAAUUCAAGAGCGAGCUUCCUGACACUGACGAAAAUGUCAAGGACUACGGUGAUGGGUCGAAGGUUACCUUCAACAAUGCAGAGUAA